GUUGGUCUUACGUUUCAAGGGGAGGCUUUAUGCUGUAGAAACGAAGGGGACUCGGAAACGUGGAAGGACAUUACUAAACACAAUUAUGUACCGAUUUGUAUCCCGGACUGUGUGUUUGGCACGAAACCCCUCAUCCUGCGUUUACGAGUCGUGUCUUCCUAAACGCGAGAAGGUUUCACGGGCUUAUAAAGGGGUUGGAGUAAAGGCUGUCAGCACAAGUUCAUCCAGACUCUGUGAAAAGAAGGACGACAUCAGUUCUGCUCAUCAAGAUGAAGCAGAAAAAAAAGAAGGCAGUCGGGACAAAACGAACGAGCUAGAGGAGGAUGGAGGGGUGAUAAGGGCGGAUGAUGGAACAACCACACAAGCCGAACGGGUCAAGACUAGUGCUCCUAAGAGUGGGAAGGAGAAUCUCCUAGAUCUUCUUGGAGCCAUGAAAGUUGAAGUUACCAAUAAAAGAAAACUCAAAAGUUUAAAGACAAAAUCUGAAUCGGCUACAAAUUAUGCACCAAAGCCAUCAGCUAUAGAGAGCACCUUCAGUAUGUUUCAGAAGGCAACAGCAGCAGAUACUUCAUCAGAGAGUGGGACGUUGGAGCCUGAUUUGGUCGCUGCAGCAUCUGCCGCUGCCGCCACGCUUCCUAACAGCAGGCAGGCAGAGUCUGAGCUGCUCCAGCAGCUGAGACGGCGCAAAGACCUCACCGAGGCUCAGAAGAAAGGCAACGACCUCGGAGAUAUUAUUGCUGACAUGAAAGUAGGAAAGAAGUUCAGUCGCCAAAACUCUUGGCCGUCCAAUCAGAUCCGGUUUGAUGAGGAUGGACAAGGAUACACCCACGAUAGAGGAAUCGCCAGUGAGCUGGCUAGUGUCCGGAAAAGGAAGAAAUUGUUCCCAUCAAAAAGACUCAACAUCUUCUCCCCCGUCACUGAUAAAGACACCGCUGAAUCAGCACUUAGCACCAAGCCAACUCUAUGGGACAUUGCGUUUGUGAAUGAGCUGUCUUUUUCAACCAAUCAAAUGCCUCGCAACGUUUUGGAGGAGAUGAUCCAGUGGACCAAAGAGGGGAAACUGUGGGAGUAUCCUAUUAACAAUGAGUCAGGUCUGGAGGAGGAAGUCGGCAUCUCGUUCACUGAGCAUGUCUUCUUAGAGAAACACUUGGAGGAGGGUUUUCCUCGCCAGGGACCAGUGAGACACUUCAUGGAGCUUGUGGUGGCCGGUCUGUCCAGGAACCCCUACCUGACUGUGCAGCAGAAGAAGGAGCACAUCUCCUGGUUCAGAGACUAUUUCCAUCAAAAGGCAGAAGUUCUCAACGAGGCCGACGUUUGCCUCAGCUAAACUUAAACAAGAGUACAGCUGUUUCCUACUUUUAUGGAAACACAAAAGCAGGACUUCAUUCAGAUCUCAAGUUCAAUUAAUAAUCAGGAUGGACUUGUAUUUGAGAGCCAGCGUGUAAUAACAUCAAAUGUAUCUAGAAAUAAAAAGAUGGUGGUGA